GCAGAUACUGGAAGGGGCGCCCCCCUCUCGCUGCACAGGUUGGGGACGCACAGACUGCCUUGGGGCGUCGGGCUAGAUGGCGGUGCGCAGUCUGGGCCGCGGCGUCGGGCGGCUGCUGGGCAGCCUACGCGGGCGCUCGGGGCAGCCGGUGCGGCUGCUGCGUGGGAUGGGCGCGCCUCGCCGGGGGGCCUCGGGGCUCUCGGGCAGCGCCCCCGCCGCGGCCGCCGCGCAGCCCGGCUUGUACCCCGCGCUGAGAGCGCAGGCAGCCCAGGAGCCGGCCGCCUUCUGGGGGCCCCUGGCGCGGGACACACUCGUGUGGGACACCCCCUACCACACCGUCUGGGACUGCGACUUCAGCAAUGGCAAGAUCGGCUGGUUCCUGGGAGGCCAGUUAAACGUGUCUGUCAACUGCUUGGAUCAGCAUGUCCAGAAGUCCCCUGAGAGUGUGGCUUUGAUCUGGGAACGAGAUGAACCUGGAACCGAAGUGAGGAUCACCUACAGGGAGCUGCUGGAGACCACAUGUCGCCUGGCCAACACGCUGAAGCGGCAUGGAAUCCGCCGAGGGGACCGUGUGGCCAUCUACAUGCCUGUGUCCCCACUGGCUGUGGCAUCAAUGCUGGCCUGUGCUAGGAUCGGAGCUGUCCACACAGUCAUCUUUGCUGGCUUCAGUGCAGAGUCCUUGGCUGGCAGAAUCAAUGAUGCCAAGUGCAAGGUGGUCAUCACCUUCAACCAAGCACUGCGGGCAGGGCGCGUGUUGGAACUGAAGAAGAUCGUGGACAAAGCCGUGGAGAGCUGCCCUUCCGUCCAGCACGUCCUGGUGGCUCACAGGACGGACAGCAAGGUCCACAUGGGGGAUCGGGACAUACCUCUCGAGCAGGAAAUGGACAAGGAGGCCCCUGUGUGCGCCCCAGAGAGCAUGGGCAGCGAGGACAUGCUCUUCCUGUUGUAUACCUCAGGGAGCACCGGGAUGCCCAAGGGGCUCGUCCACACCCAGGCGGGCUACCUGCUGUAUGCCGCCAUGACUCACAAGCUUGUGUUUGACCACAAGCCAGGCGACAUCUUUGGCUGCGUUGCCGACAUCGGCUGGAUCACAGGACACAGCUACGUGGUGUACGGACCCCUGUGCAAUGGAGCUACCAGCGUGCUUUUUGAGAGUACACCGGUUUACCCUGAUGCUGGUCGGUAUUGGGAGACGGUGCAGAGGUUAAAGAUCAACCAGUUCUAUGGCGCCCCGACGGCCGUCCGGCUGUUGCUGAAACACGGCGAUUCCUGGGUGAAGAAGUACGAUCGCUCCUCCCUGCGGACCCUGGGGUCAGUGGGAGAACCCAUCAACCACGAGGCCUGGGAGUGGCUCUACAGGGUGGUGGGUGACAGCAGAUGUACGCUGGUGGACACCUGGUGGCAGACAGAAACGGGUGGCAUCUGCAUCGCACCACGGCCCUCGGAAGAAGGGGCGGAAAUCCUCCCUGCCAUGGCGAUGAGGCCCUUCUUUGGCAUCGUCCCUGUCCUCAUGGAUGAGAAGGGAAACACCGUGCAGGGCGGCAACGUCUCCGGCGCCCUGUGCAUCUCCCAGGCCUGGCCGGGCAUGGCCAGGACCAUCUAUGGUGACCACCAGAGGUUCGUGGACGCCUACUUCAAGGCAUAUCCAGGCUAUUACUUCACUGGGGACGGGGCUUGCCGAACCGAGGACGGCUAUUACCAGAUCACAGGGAGGAUGGAUGACGUCAUCAACAUCAGUGGCCACCGGCUGGGGACCGCGGAGAUCGAGGAUGCCAUGGCUAACCACCCUGCGGUGCCGGAAACUGCUGUCAUCGGCUACCCCCACGACAUCAAAGGAGAAGCUGCAUUUGCUUUCAUCGUGUUAAAAGAUAACACCAGCGACUCAGACGCGGUGGUGGAGGAGCUGAAGUUGGCAGUGGCCACCAAGAUCGCCAAGUAUGCCGUGCCUGACCAGGUCCUGGUGGUGAAACGUCUUCCAAAAACCCGGUCUGGAAAAGUCAUGCGGCGGCUCCUGAGGAAGAUAAUCUCUAGUGAGGGUCAGGACCUGGGGGACACCACCACCCUGGAGGACCCGAGCGUCAUCACAGAGAUCCAGAGCGCCUAUCAGAAGUGCAAAGACAAGCAGGCUGCCGUGAAGUAACAAGGCGCCUCUGCCUGGGCUCUCAGAGAGACUGAGCGCCAUGCCCCGGCCUGUCCUUCUCAGAGGUGGCUUUGAGGUUUGGCUUCGUCCUGUGCCCCAGAAGCAGCCCUAGCCCAGCAGUGACCCACACCGCUCUAAUGCAAAAUGGAGCCGAGAGCCCGUUCUCCCUUCCCUUGGAGAUGCAGAAGUGCACCCAAGAGGCACUGCCAGACAUGGUUAGAGUACCGACUGUGGUUUCCUGGAAUGAAAAGGCAUGGUCAUCUCCGUUUCUGUACCCUCUUGAGACAGCACAGGAAGAAGAGACACCUGGUAAAGUGCACCUGCUCAGAUAACUUAGAACUAGAAGCAAUUGUGUUUUCUCCAGAUGUUUCUAGAUGCAAAUGGCAGAGAUUUUAUUUUUAUACUUUUAUAUUUUAGAAGUUUAAUGAGCAGGAACUCCAGUGUAACAUAUGGAUUGACUCAUGCAUGCUCUUUGUAACACUUAAGAGUUAGGAAAAUCUCCUUUCUCCUUUACUGUGGGUAAACGUGUUGGGGAUCAGCGAGUGCACUUUUAAUUAUUGUUAAGAGUAUUUGGAAAUCUGAACUGGAGAUGUCUGUGCCUUUGUCUAAACAGAUGUCUUGAGAACUUCCAGGCCCUGCAGCAUCCUUUCCUGGUGUCUGUUUCUCCAGUGCCUGGCUUGUGUAUCAUGGAGCUAACUCCUGAGUGAUGGGGUGAACGUGCUCACCUGUUAGUUCUGAAGCUACGAUAGUCAUGUUCUGUUUCUUUAAGCUGUGAUUCUGGAAAGAUCCACCUCCCCGCCUUGGUGUGCAGUUAACGCACUCCAAAUAGGUGGGGUCGUUCACAGAAGCCCGUGAAAACUCAGGUGACUGGCCAGAGCACUAAUUUGGCUAGAAUUUGCAAACUCUGCCUGUCCUUCAUCCUGUGGUUGGGGCAGUAAGAACCACUGAGGUCAAAUGAUGAAACUUGGAGCUCUGAAUCCAGUCUCUUUCUCUUUUUAAAUGUGCCUUAAGUCCUCUGAACAAGAUGACGUAGAUUGUGAGGCCACCGAGUGCUUACUUCUCAGCUAAAAAUGCAGGGGCUGGUGGUGUGGUCACAGGGGUAGGUGGCCCUGCAAGCUGUGUGUCUGAGAGCAGGGAGAGGCCUUCCUCCUCUCUGCCUGCAGGUUACCCCACAUGGCCUCUUGGCUGUGUCGGGGUUCAAGGGCUGCCUGGGGUACUGAGCACCUACUUUGGGACAGGGCUGUGCUGGCCUCUUAGGUGACCAGGUGAGUACACCUGUAACACCCGGGAUGUGGCAUUGACUGCAACACGCACACAUACUGAGUAGUGGUCUUUGUCAUGGGCUUAGCAACAAAGAGCCAUGGCCCGGACUUAGUGGACUGUAGUUAACGGCGCUAUUUACGAAAUGGCUUAGGUCCCGCAGUGCUGAUAGAAACUUGGACAGUGGUCCAGGGCCUCAGAACGAUCUGCAAGGGAGGUCAAUAAAGCUUUAUUUUGUUCAUUUA